AUGGCCUCGGACUCGCUGCUAGAGGGUUUCAAUGCGAUCGGGGAGUCCAUUUAUCUAUAUGAACCUCCUGUUCAAACAUCCCCAGAUCCCGCUUCGCCGUCCCUGGUCAUUCUGUGUACCUGGGUGGGAGGAGCGACCCCUCGGCGUAUCAACAAGUACCUGGCCCAAUACCAGGACCUCUUCCCAACAUCCUCUCUUCUCUUGAUAACAACAAGUGUUUCCGACGCGGCCUUCCGACCACUCAGAUGGAUACGUGCCAAUCUCAAGCCCGCCCGCGAUACGAUUAACCGGAUCGUGGGUCGUGAGAUCGGCCAAACCCCGGCCGAGACCAGUACUAGCCAGCGCGGCAUUCUACUCCAUCUAUUUUCGCACGGUGGUGGCAACAUUGCCAGUCAACUCGCGCUCUCCAUGAAAGGAAGUCCUGAUCGCGGUGCAGUAUUCUUCUUUAAUCUGCGCACUAUCAUUCUGGACUGCUGCCCUGGCGACGAUGCAUUCGCACGCAUGUACGAGGCCUCUCGGGUAUCCGUACCCCAGACCACCGUCGCGCAAUUUCUGGGUAAGGCUGUUAUGUAUCCGGCACUCGCCGUAGUCAACACAUUUCAGCAUGCUGGUCUGGCGCGCGCCGUGAAGGACCUCCGAGACAUUCUAAAUGCGUCUUCUACCUUUGGAUCGAGGCCGAGGCGACUGUAUAUUUAUUCCAAGGAGGAUGUCGUGAUAGGAUGGGAGGAUGUGCAAUCGCACCUUGAAGAUGCACAGAAUCGGGGGUAUCCCGUGGGUCAAGUACGGUUUGAACAAGGUCCCCAUUGUGGAUUGGUUAUGGAAAAUCCCAAUCGGUACUGGGAUGCUGUGAAGAAGUUUUGGGCCGGUGAGGAUGUUUGGGAUGUGGAUUCAUCCGUCACCGGCAAGCAGAGCCUUCGCAGUCGACUCUGA